CAUAAGGCAACCAUGUAUUUUAUCCUUAAAUCCUGUUAUGAUAGAUUUUAUAUUCAUUUAUUAUUUUAGAACAGUUUGUUUUUAUAGCCGGGAACACUGUUUAGUUUACACUGCAUUUAUACUUAUGUAUGAGAAAUUAUUCGAUUAAGCUUAAGCAGAAACAUGUGUGGAAGAUGCUAACUUUAAGCAUAUCUCAAAUUCAAGAAAUUUGCAAAUAUGAGCUCAAAAAUGGUAAAGAAGCUGCUCCUUACAUAAGAUCCGAAUACAAUUUUGGAAGAAAAUACGAACCUUCUUAUAAUAUAGCUCCAUCAGACAUUACCCCUGUAUUAGUUUCAUCGGAUCAUUUUGAGAGUUACGAGAGAAACAGUGAAGUUAAUGAAAAUGAAAUGAGAUUUUGUAUAGUCCCCAUGCUGUGGGGUAUGAUACCAUUUUGGCACAAAGGUGAUUAUAGAAAGCAUGGCUUGACAACAAACAACUGUCGACUUGAACAUUUGUUAGACUCCAAAUUAUACAAAGGUCCAUUUAUGAAAGGUCAGCGAUGUAUUAUUUUAUGCGAAGGUUUUUAUGAGUGGCAAACUACUCAAACUGCUAAAUCUUCUAAUAAACCUGUGUAUUAUAUUCAUAUGCCUCAAAAUGUAAGUAUUAAAAUGUAUGAUAAAUCUACUUGGGAUGAAAUUCGCACACUCAGAUUAUUAAAAUUAGCUGGAAUUUUUGACUCGUGGAAGGAUGAAAAUGGGGAUUUGAUUUAUAGUUAUAGCAUUAUUACUUUUGAGUCAAACGAAGUACUCUCUUGGCUACAUCAUAGAACCCCUGCAAUAUUGGAGACAGAACAACAGGCAAUAGAUUGGAUAGAUUUUAAAAGAGUGCCGUACAAACAAGCUUUGUCAGUCAUAAAACCACCCACUCAUCUUUCUUGGUACAGAGUGUCAAAUUUAGUUAACAGUUCACGUAAUAAACAAGCGAGCUGCAAUAAACCAAUUACUGAUGCUAAACUGGAAGUACGAGGUAAUUUGCUAACAAAUUGGUUGAUUAAUGGGAAAAGAAAAGAAGGAUUAAAUAGUAUCGCUGAGAAACAUGAUUUAGAUGAUAGUCAUAGUGAUGCUGAGAAUAUUGAUAAAAUUAAGAAAAGAAAAACCUAAUAUAAAAAUGUAUGUAAAUAUUUUAAAGUAAUUCAAAAGAAAGUAUAUUCACUAAUUAUAUAUAUAUAUAAAUUUCGUGAAAUACUAAAGUAUAUUUCACGAAAUUAAGAAGAACCAAAAUAAAAAUGCGUCAAUCAACUGUAUGUUCUUAUAUAUACAUAUAUAUAUGUAAGUUCAAUUAUAGAAAUUCAAAUUUUUUGUAAAAAAUUUCUCUUUAAAGAAAUUCUGUUUUUUUUUUUUCAUUUUUUUUUCCCCCUAA